AUGUCUCCCACUGUUAAUUCCCAAGUUUAUGAAACCAACAAUCCUUCCAUGUUUAACCCCCCAUCAAUUCGAAGGACAUCAUCCCAAAACACCAAACAAACUGACGCUAAAGACAAGGGGUUUUCCCAAGGUGACGCUAAAGACAAGAGGUUUCCUCAAGCUGACGCUAAAGACAAGGGGUUUCCUCAAGCUGACGCUAAAGACAAGGGGUUUCCUCAAGCUGACGCUAAAGGCAAGGGGUUUCCCCAAGCUGACGCUAAAUGCAAGGGGUUGCCUCAAGGUGGCACCAAAGAUAAUUCUCCACCCAAUGAGCGUGCCAGAUUUAAUUCAGCCGCACGCGAUGUUGGGUGUAUGGAACCAGGAGCUCGCGGUAUGCCAGACAAAAAGUUUAACCAGGAGUUGAGUAAGUCUUCUCCCGACACGCUCACGCGUGGAAAAGCCACAGAUUUUACAGUGAAACCUGGUUUACCUUCUGGAGCAGUUUCAGUUUUUCCCGCUUCUGCAUCUCUUCCUAAUGCUUCAUCCAACUUUGGCGCGAAGGGGAAGGUAUCCUUUCAAAACAUAAACCUGACUAACAAAGAAUCAAUAAAACAACCAGGAAUUAAAAACAAUGAGAAAAACAUGACAGGAACACUUUCUAUAACACAGGCGGAUUCGUACAUCGGGGUCAACUGUGGCUCUAAAUACAGGGAUGGGGAAAAGUUCUCAAUCUCUGAGCCAUGUUUGUAUUCACAUCGGAUGUUCAUUAGAGCGGCCAAGAUUUUCGAGUUUCUCAAGCAGGAUGAUGUGGAUGGCGAAGAAGACGAUGUCGGCGGUGAAAAUGGCGGGUCUGAGAAUGCGCAGAAAGGGGAGCUGCCAGAGUUAGAUUUCGAGAACCCUCAGGAGCAGAUGAAGACUUUUGAGCUGACGUUUGCAACGCUGAAAUAUCAGAAAUUGUUUCGGGGGAUUCUGGAGCAUUCCGGAUUUUUCACAGACUACCCUUGUUUCUCAGGAGAUCGUAGUUUGGUGUGCAUCAUUUUGUUCGACCUGCAGACUCGCAAGUUUCAGAAGUACAAACCACAUGAACACGAGCAAGUCGAUGAGCUGUGCUGCGACAUCGAGGCCGCCCUGUUGUCAAAGAAGACCAGGCUACUGUCCCAUGUGGCUAAGGAACGAAUCAAACACAAUGCGCCCUCUAUCGAGCACCUUCUUCCCGAGCAGGUGCGCAACAAGGAUGAGACCAAAACCAGUACACCAGUUUUUCUUUGGGUGAAUGAGAUGAAAACUACGAUGGACGACAUGAUUUCUGCACUGGAAGCGGAAAACUUUCAGAGACUGUCUCCAGAAGAAGAUAUCAGCCAGCAGACAGACAAUGUGUUCCAGGUGGACACUCACUGCUCUGAUCUCUUGAUCUUCCCGCCGCAUUUAGAUAUGUAUGUCAAGGACACUGCCUGGGUCAAAUCAGGUCAGCUGGUACAACAGGACAAGUCCAGUUGCCUGGCGCCUCAGUCCGUGAAGCAUUUACUAGGCAUCGACCAAGAUGUUAUCCACGUGAACGUUGGGACUGGAAUCACCACAGCCCAUCUGGCCAGUCUGCUCCGAAAGACUUCACCAAACAGCCACAUCUGGGGAUUUGGCUUGGACUCUCCGGAUAAAAUUCGGAAGGCGGCCAAGAACUUGGAGUUUCUUGGGGCCAAGAACAUAAAGCUUCUCACGGACAACUUCUUGAACGUGGAGACAGACGAGCCCAAGCUGAAGAACGUCCGAGUGAUCAUGAUUUCUGCCAACUGCAGCAAGUCGGCCAUCACCAGCCCGGUCCAGUUCAUCGUUAGCGAAGGUGAAGAUAUGCGGUUUCUGGGGGAGCUGUCCAAGGCGGACCAGGGACUGUCUGGAUUGUCGAACCUUGUACAGGAGCAUGAGAAACUGCUCCGCCAUGCCCUCAAAU